AUGCCUAUAAGAAAUCCAGGUGGAUACAUCGAGCAGAUUGUUGAAGAUAUAGGGAAUGGAUUUCAGAAGAGAGCUGAAUGUGUUAUUUGCAGUGAAGAUGUGACCCUGUUCCAUGGUGAAGACAUGACACUAGAGUGGUAUGCACAUCCCCUCCGAGCUGAACUCAGGAUAACCGCAGAAGGGAAAGACCUCAUCUUGGACCUGGAGAAGAAUGAGUGUCUCACUUGGUCUUCCUGUCUCAAGACUGUUUCUACUCCAGUCCAUACUCUACACUGCUACCAAAGUGAUUUUACUUUAGCACAGGAUGACUGUUUUUACCAUGGGAAAGUGAGAAAGGAAGAACAAUCCAGUGUUACUCUCAGCACUUGCAGAGGCAUCAGAGGUCUGAUUGUGGUGAGCAGCAACCUUAGUUAUAUCAUCGAACCCUUGCCCAAUGGGCAGGACCAGCACCUUAUUUAUAGAUCGGAGCAUCUCAAGUUGCCUUCUGGAAGUUGUGGUUAUGAGCAUUCUCAACCCACUGCCAUGGACUGGGUUCUACAGUUCACAAACCAAGCCAAGAAGAGGCAUCACAGGGUCCGGAGGGAAGAUUUACAGUCUACGAAGUAUGUGGAACUCUACCUGGUAGCAGAUUAUGCAGAGUUUCAGAAGAACCGUCGAGACCCGGAUGCCACCAAACACAAACUCAUGGAGAUUGCUAAUUAUGUUGAUAAGUUUUAUCGCUCCCUGAACAUCCGUAUUGCCCUUGUGGGCUUGGAAGUGUGGACUCAUGGAAACAUGUGUGAAGUCUCAGAGAAUCCAUAUUCUACGCUCUGGUCCUUUCUCAGCUGGCGACGCAAGCUACUUGUACAGAAGAACCACGACAACGCCCAACUGAUCACGGGAAUGUCUUUCCAUGGUACCACAAUUGGUCUGGCCCCACUGAUGGCCAUGUGUUCCGUGUACCAGUCUGGAGGGGUCAACAUGGAUCACUCAGAGAAUGCCAUUGGGGUAGCUGCCACCAUGGCCCAUGAGAUGGGCCAUAACUUUGGAAUGAGCCAUGACUCGGCAGACUGCUGCUCGGCAAGCGCGGCAGAUGGUGGCUGCAUCAUGGCUGCCGCCACUGGGCACCCCUUUCCCAAGGUAUUCAAUCGGUGCAACAGGAAGGAGCUGGACAGAUACCUGCAGUCAGGAGGUGGCAUGUGUCUUUCCAACAUGCCAGAUACCAGGACAUUGUAUGGUGGCCAGAGGUGUGGAAAUGGGUACCUGGAAGAUGGAGAAGAGUGUGAUUGUGGUGAGGAGGAGGAAUGCCACAAUCCCUGCUGCAAUGCUUCUAAUUGUACUCUGAAACCAGGGGCGGAGUGUGCACAUGGCUCCUGCUGCCACCAGUGCAAGCUGCUAGCUCCAGGUACUCUGUGCCGUGAGCAAUCCCGGCAGUGUGACCUUCCGGAGUUCUGUACUGGCAAGUCACCUCACUGUCCUACCAACUUCUACCAGAUGGAUGGUACCCCAUGUGAAGGUGGGCAGGCAUACUGUUACAAUGGCAUGUGCCUGACCUACCAGGAGCAGUGCCAACAACUCUGGGGUCCUGGAGCUCGCCCUGCCCCUGAUCUCUGCUUUGAGAAGGUGAACGUAGCAGGAGACACUUUUGGGAACUGUGGGAAGGACAUGAAUGGAGAACACAAGAAGUGUGCCAUGAGAGAUGCCAAGUGUGGGAAGAUCCAGUGUCAGAGUUCAGAGGCCAGGCCCCUGGAGUCCAAUGCGGUACCCAUUGAUACCACCAUCACCCUGAAUGGGAAACAGAUCCGCUGCCGGGGCACCCAUGUGUACCGAGGUCCAGAGGAAGAGGGAGACAUGCUGGAUCCAGGGCUAGUGAUGACUGGAACCAAGUGUGGCUAUAAUCAUAUUUGCUUCGAGGGACAAUGCAGGAAUACCUCAUUUUUUGAAACUGAAGGUUGUGGGAAGAAAUGCCAUGGCCAUGGGGUCUGUAACAAUAAACAGAAUUGUCAUUGCUUCCAAGGGUGGGCCCCACCUUUCUGCAAUACUGUGGGCCACGGAGGCAGCAUCGACAGUGGGCCUAUGCCCCCCCAGAAUGUUGCCCCUGUGGUAGCUGGAGUGUUGACCGCCAUUUUGUUGUUGGGUAUCAUUCUACUGGUAUUCUAUUACUGCAAAAGGCGCAGGCUGGGCCCACUGAAGCCCUCAGCUCUCCCUUCCAAGUGGAGGCAACAAUUCAGUUGCCCCUUCAAGGUGACUCAGAAUGGUGGCACUGGUCAUGCCAACCCAACUUUCAAGUUACAGACACCCCAGGGAAAGAGAAAGGUUACCAACACACCUGAAAUUCCACGCAAGCCAUCACAACCUCCUCCCCGACCUCCUCCAGACUAUAUGCAUGGUGGCUCUCCACCUCCUCCUCCUCUCUCGAUACACCUCAAUAGGGAUAUCAGGAUCUCUCCAGGGGCCACCACCCAAGUGGAGAGAAAAGAAUCUGUGAGACGGCCUCCCCCAAGCCGGCCAGUGCCUCCAGCUCCUAAUUACGUUGCCACCCAGGAUUUCUCCAGACCCCGUCCACCUCAGAAAGCUCUGCCUGCUAACCCUGUGCCAGGUCGAAAGACACUUCCAAAGAGCAAUGGCUCCUCUGCCCUACUGUCACCUGCUGCUGGAAGCAGCCCUCGGCAUCUUCGGCCACUAGUGGCUCCAGCUCCCAAGUUCCCAGAUUUCAGAGCCCAGAUGGCUGGAAGAGUGACUAGCUCAAAAAUAUAAUACCAACACUUAUAUGAGGAG